CCGCAUCCAGCCCCGGAGCAUCGCGGAAGGAGGAGGGGGCCGAAAGCGGGUUCACUUCCGCCUGGCUGCAGGAACCACAAGCCCCUAGAAUAUAUUAGAAUAAUAAUAAUAGAAAGGUUCUCCCCACAGCCCUCAGCCCCGAUUUUGUCGCCCUGGAAGGAGGGGGUGGCGAGCAGAGCAGCGAGGCUGCCGGCGGGCGGAUCGAUGUGGAGCCGCUGAGGCGCCGCGGCCGGCCCCAGCUCGCCGCCGGCACCGCGGCCGCGGCCGGCAGGACGAGCGCAGCCUCCCCGCGGAGAGGCCAGGGAGAAGGGCGCUGUGAGGGCUGCUGAAGAUGUCCGAUAGUCUGGAUAUUGAAGAGAGACCUCCAGCGCCGCCCUUGAGGAUGAACAGCAACAACAGAGACUCUUCAGCCCUGAACCACAGCUCCAAGCCGCUCCCCAUGGCCCCCGAGGAGAAGAACAAGAAGGCCAGGCUGCGCUCCAUCUUCCCGGGAGGAGGGGAUAAAACCAACAAGAAGAAAGAGAAGGAACGUCCUGAGAUCUCCCUCCCUUCAGACUUUGAGCACACCAUUCACGUGGGAUUUGAUGCUGUCACUGGAGAGUUCACAGGCAUUCCAGAGCAGUGGGCCAGGCUACUACAGACCUCCAACAUAACCAAACUGGAGCAGAAGAAGAACCCACAGGCUGUCCUAGAUGUUCUCAAGUUUUAUGAUUCAAAAGAAACAGUUAACAACCAGAAAUACAUGAGCUUUACGUCAGGAGAUAAAAGUGCCCAUGGAUACAUAGAAGCCCAUCCCUCGAGCACAAAAACAGCAUCAGAACCUCCUCUGGCUCCCUCUGUGUCUGAAGAAGAGGAUGAAGAUGAUGAAGAGGAGGAAGAUGACAAUGAACCUCCGCCUGUCAUUGCCCCACGGCCUGAACACACAAAAUCAAUCUACACCCGCUCUGUUAUUGAACCUGCCGCUGCACCAGCACCAGCUAAAGAAGCCACCACUCCCCAGCCUGAGAACUCCAACACAAACACUCUGUACAGAAACACAGACCGGCAGCGAAAAAAGUCCAAGAUGACAGAUGAGGAGAUCCUGGAGAAGCUGAGGAGCAUUGUGAGCGUGGGAGAUCCUAAGAAGAAAUACACUCGAUUUGAAAAAAUUGGCCAAGGGGCUUCAGGAACUGUUUAUACCGCGAUUGACAUCGCCACAGGACAAGAGGUGGCCAUAAAGCAAAUGAAUCUCCAACAGCAGCCCAAAAAGGAACUAAUUAUCAAUGAAAUCCUGGUCAUGAGGGAAAAUAAGAAUCCCAAUAUUGUUAACUAUUUAGACAGCUACCUUGUUGGUGACGAGCUGUGGGUGGUGAUGGAGUACCUGGCUGGAGGCUCCCUGACCGACGUUGUCACCGAGACGUGCAUGGACGAGGGGCAGAUCGCCGCUGUGUGCCGGGAGUGCCUGCAAGCCCUGGAUUUCCUUCAUUCCAACCAAGUGAUCCACAGAGACAUCAAAAGCGACAAUAUUCUCCUUGGGAUGGAUGGAUCUGUCAAAUUGACUGAUUUUGGCUUCUGUGCUCAGAUCACCCCUGAGCAGAGUAAACGGAGCACAAUGGUGGGGACUCCUUACUGGAUGGCACCAGAAGUUGUAACAAGAAAAGCAUACGGCCCCAAGGUGGACAUCUGGUCACUCGGGAUCAUGGCAAUAGAAAUGGUGGAAGGAGAACCUCCUUACCUUAAUGAAAAUCCUCUCAGGGCCCUGUAUCUGAUCGCCACCAACGGGACACCGGAGCUGCAGAACCCGGAGCGGCUCUCGGCCGUGUUCCGAGACUUCCUGAACUGCUGCCUGGAGAUGGACGUGGACAGGAGAGGCUCUGCCAAGGAGCUGCUGCAGCAUCCCUUUUUGAAACUGGCCAAGCCUCUGUCCAGCCUGACUCCCCUGAUCAUCGCGGCGAAGGAAGCGAUUAAGAACAGCAGCCGCUAGCACUGCAGGUCGGCUCUGCGCCCUGCCAGCUCGGGGCAGGACUGAGAACACAGACUCUGGACAACCUCAACUCUCCUGCUGCGGGACAGAUGGAUGGAUGAACAAACCAACGGUCACAGUCGUGGUGGUAGGACCACCCCAGUUCCUCAAGGAGUAAAAAAAUUAUCAUUUGUCUUCUUCCUGCUUUCUGGCUCCUUAAUUUAUUUUUAAGAUGAAUCGGGGCUAAGGACAGAGAGGUAAUGACAGAAAAUGCUUUGCUGCCUCAAUCAUUUCCAAGGUAAAGCAAAUUCAGUUGGAAGAUUCCCUUCCUUCUCACCCUGUGAAUAAGCUGUACAUUCACUUUUAAAUGGUCAGUUCUUUCUUAACGAUGUAAAGUCGUGUUUAUGGGGUUUUUGGUAUGGUUUGGAAUCGGAGAAGGGCAAUUCUUCAUUCAUCAACUCCAGACUGCCUUUUGAGUACGGCCCACUCGCCAGUUUUUGCCCAGUCGUGGUACUUCUACAUGAGGAAGAAAGUGCAAUUGCAUUUCCAACCAAAAAGGAACGAAGAAUGGGACAGACAAAACAUCCUGUGGAGAUGCAGGUGUUCAGCUGGGACUGUGGUUUGGUUCUUGCCGAUUGGAUUUGUACCCCUAACUGCAAUCUCUGUGCCCGGGUGAGAGUCUCACUCAGCUGAAACAGCAGAAAGAUCAGUCUGUGCUCGGAGCAGGUUUGUGUGCUGCAAAGCUGGCAGGGCAGUGUGAGGGCAGAGCGAGCCCAGGGCUGAGCCCAGCCGAGCCCAGGGCUGAGCCCAGCCGAGCCCAGGGCUGAGCCCAGCCGAGCCCAGGGCUGAGCCCAGCCGAGCCCAGGGCUGAGCCCAGCCGAGCCCAGGGCUGAGCCCAGCAGAGCCCAGGGCUGAGCCCAGAGCAGCCUGAGCAGAGCCCGGCUGGAGGGAGGCGCUGGCAGCGACAAACAGCAGCAGCCUGGCCGUGGGCACCUCCUUCUGGGACAGGACUGAUCCCCCGCCUCAGAGCCAGACCGGGUGAGGACUGUUCUCCAGGGAAAUGUGGCUCUGCUGAGAAAUGCACAGCCUGGUGGGCCUGGCCACCCCGAGUCUCUGCAGCAGCAGAGGAGGGCAAACAGAGCAGAGCGGUGGUGCCGCUUCUGAGGGUGCCUGUUCUUCUCCCAGCUGUCCUGGAGCUCCUGGGAAAGGUUCGUGGUGUCUGCAGAAUUCUUGGCAGAGGGGGAGAGGACCAGGCUGCUCUGCAGGCUCCUGCACAGGUGAGCAUCCUUCAGGCACAGGAGUUCUGCCCUGGGAGCCGAGGCUGACGCAGGGAACCCUGCACGGUUCAGAUCAGCCAGUGCAGAGCCAGCUCGGGAAGAAAGCGCCUUAAAACCUGGAGUUGUGCACUGAGCAGGAACAACAGUGUGAAAUGCAGAGUGGAUUGCAGAAUUACCUGGAGGCACCAGCCUGCUUCCUGCUGUCCUUCGUGUGGCAGGCACUGCGCAAUGAAGCUCUUGAGUUGCUGCAAGAGAGGGAGUUGGGGAUGUACCUGAGGAUUGUGCUUGACAAGUCAGCGGAUCUGGAAGGGAGCAGAAUACUUUCAGUAUGCAAUUUGUGUUUUAUUUAUUCAUUUCUGAAAGACACAGUGUGGCUUCACUCAGUAAAAGCAUUUGCAUGGCGUAUUUGUUGCUGUAUUUUAGGAGUACAACUCAUGCAAGACCUUCAAAACAGCAACUGAAGUAACAUGCACCCAGUGAGCAAAAAACCCCUCACAGUAAAACAGCUUUCUGCUAUAGAUCUUCAGAGGACCAGUUGGCCUGGUCCUGCAAAGGGUUAAGAAGCCUUUCAGGCACUCACUGCCUUCAUGUCUGGCCAGCAGCAAUGAAGGAUGCUUGGGCUGUUCUUGCAUCAGGCCAGGAGCAUGUCUGGCUGUGGCAUCCUGUUCAGUUGCAGUCUGUGUGUGGCAAGUGUCCUUACUGCUGCUCCCCUCGCUCGUGCUGCCAUCACAGUGCCCUUGCCAGAGGCAGCAGGCACAGACAGCCCUCCCUGAGUCACCACAGCUAAGUAGAAAUCAACUUUGCUUCAUUUCCUGGGGAGCACAACAGGUCUGGUUUUGCAGAUGACCAAAUAACGCGCUGAGGUGGGCAGCUCUGGUUUCCUGGACUGGGGAACAUCAGGAGGAGCUGAGGGAGCUGCCAGGAGCCCACAGCUGGAGCAGCAGGACCUGCAGCAGUGCUUUCCAAGCUUUCCUCCCAUAAAAGAAGCCCCUGGGGAGUGGCCAGGACAGGCAGACCGGCCCUAGCACAGCAGAUGGUGCAGAAGGGAGUGCAGGAAGGUGCUGAAGCCGUGCCAGCUUGACCGGGGAGCAGUGAUGUCCACCCAAUAAAAAGCCAUGGCUUCUGUAAGCCCUGCACCCUCCACAGCCCGUGCAGUGGCCCAGACAGACUCUGGUGGGCUCUGCUGCCAGCUGCAGCCUGUGCCCUGCUCUUAGGCCAGCCCUGGUGGCAGCAGCGUGGGUACAGCUGUGGCAUGUGUGCCCAGGGAGAGGAACUAACAGGGGCAGGAAUAUCCAAGGUCACCGAGCCCCUUCCUGGCCAAGGGGGAGAUCCCGGGUGGUUGGACUGUGGUGAAUGUGGCACUGAUCUACACAAAGACCUGGAGGGAGGAUCUUGGGAACUACAGGUCUGUCACCCUGACCUACCUCAGUGCUGGGAAAAGUCAUGGAUCAUCCGGAGAUCAUCUGGAGUGCCAUCCCAUGGCACACAGAGAACAACCACGGGAUCAGGCCCAGCUAGUGUGGCUUUGUGAUAGGCAGCUGCUGCCUGAGCAGCCUGAUCUCCUUCUACAACAGCAUGACCUGCCCAGGGCAUGAGGGGAAGGUCUGCCUGGAAUUUAGUAAAGCCUGUGUCGGUGUUUCCCACGGGUUUCUCCUGGAGAAGCUGGCUGCUCAUGGCUUGGAUGGGUGCACUGUUCUCUGGGUAAAAUCUGUCUGCCUGGCUGGGCCCAGAGGGUGGUGGGGAAUGGAGUUACACCCAGCUGGGGCUGUCAGAAGUGGGGCUGGGCACUGGGGCCAGUUGUGUUCAGUGUCUGUAUCUGAUCUGGACGAGGGCGCCCUCAGGUAACACCAAGCUGGGUUGGAGAGUUGAUCUGCUGGAGGACAGGAAGGCUCUGCAGAGGGAUCUGGACGGGCUGGAUUGCUGGUCCAAGGCCAGCUGGAUGAGGUUCAACAAGGCAAAGUGUCAGAUGCUGCACUUGGGCCACAGCAACCCCCUGCAGCUCCAGGCUUGGGAAAGAGUGGCUGGAAAAUGCCUGGUGGGAAUAACCUGGGAGUGCUGCUGGAGAGCAGCUGAACAUGAGGCAGCAGUGCACAACUACCUGAGAAGAGCUUGGAGCAAUGGGGCAUCAGUCUCUUCUCCCAAGUAACAAGCAAUGGGACGAGAAGAAACAGCUGCAAGUUGCACCAGGGAAGGUUUAGAUUGGAUGUAGGAAAAAUCUCUUCACCAAAGGAUGGUCAAGCACUGGAACAGGCUGCACAGGGCAGUGGUUGAGUCACCACCUCUGGAGGGACUGAACAGAUUUGUAGAGGGGGAAUUGGGGACAGGUUUCGUGGUGGACUUGGCAGUGCUGGGUUGAUGGUUGGACUCAAUGAGCUCAGAAGUCUUUUCCAACCUGAACAGUUUUGUUCUGUUUAGAAGACUUUGUUUCUCUUGUGAGGUCCCAUUUUUGUCUGUGAGCUCAAGAUCUGUGUCUGUAGGAGAAGCUUCCUUGUGAAAGAGUAAUUUGGGCUGGAGAUGGGCUGCCCUCAAUGUGUAAAGCAUUCAUCAGGAUGAAACAUGUUUGUAUUCCUGUAAGAAGUGAAGAAAUGAGUGACAGUUUCUGUUUCCAGUAUAUCUUUUAUUUUUUCUUAUCCACAAAAGAACAGAUAGCCAUCCUUUAAAAGGAAAGCACUUUGUAAUGGCACAUGUUUGCUGGACAUACAGUCUACUUCUGUUGACAAACUACUCUAUUUGAUUGGGUAAGGGGGGAAUUUCCUAUUUAUUUCUUUUACCUAUAUUUCAGCAUCUCUGCUUAAAAAAAAAAACCCACCACCACAACUUCCAGAAGACAGCAGGUAUGAAAAAUAAGGAAAUGGUAGCUUUUUUUUUCCUAAUCAGUGUAUUGACAGUACAUUGUUGGCACUGACUUUUUAAAGACAGCCGCUGUCUUAAGAGGCCUUACUUUUUAUUUUGUUAAAUGUUAUUAUAUUCCUUUUUCUUUGCAUCAGCAAAUCUAGAGAUUUUUCUUUUAAAGCCAGUUCCUGGGAGGCAGACGAGAUUCAGCAGAAAUAAUCAAUGCCAGUGGCUGUUUCAGCAUGGGCUGCAUUGCCCAGCUGAGAGUGUCUGACAUGCAGGGAAUGAACCUCCAGUGUCCCUGUGCCCCGUGCCUGGGACAGGCUCUGGUGCUCACUGACACUGAAAGAGGGCAGCUGUGUUUGUAUCCUCCCAGCCUGGAUGUUAAAUGGAGAAAAGACACAAGUAUUUUUUAAAAAAUCCAAACACAAACCCAGAAAAAUCCAGUCCUGAGGGAGUCCGGUCUUGUACGUUAUUUACAGGCUCACAGAGUAUAUUAGGAUUGACAUUGGCCUUGCAGAAAGGAAAGAGACAAAUGCUGGAAAAUCUCUGGAGCCACCUUGGGUUUUCUGACUGCCAUCCUCAGAUCACACAAUUCGUUGUGUAUCUUCUUGAAGUAUUAGAAAUAGUCUGUUUCUGUUGCAAAAUGAAAACUAAAAGUUUCAGAUACUUUUAUUCCAAGGUUUUAAAAGAUUGGUUAAUUGUCUUCAUUUUUAAAUUAAACAGUGGAAUACCCUAUCCAGGAACUUGACUGAUUCCCAUCCCUGCAAUGAAGAUGUGAAAAUGAGCCAAUAGCUCACUGUGGUUUAGAUGUGUUUUGGGACAGAAGCAUGGUAGAAGUAAAGUCAGGGAAGUUAGAGAAGCACAGAAAAGUUUAUUUAUUUAAGAAAAAAGAAAAAAAAGAUAACCAUACCUAUGUAAAAUUCCCUACAGCUCCUGUGUGCACUCCUGGGAACCUGUGUGGGGUGGGUCUUACAGUGCUCUCAGGGUUGGAUCCCAAACUUGGGCUGGGGUUGCAUUCUCACUUCUUGUGUCCAGUGCUUCUGUAAAUACAUGUGUAUUUAUUCUUCAUCUUUGGCUGCUGAACAGUUUGGUGAACUCUUCCACUACACACAAAAGAGCUCAAGGGUUUGUUCUGAGCUUCUCUGAGGCCAGUGGCUGCACUUGGCACAUCUUUGAGUCAGUCCUUCCCUGUGUCCUGCCACCCAAAAUUAAGCACAUUCCAGUCACCACGAGAAGGGAAGCACCUGUCUCCUGUCCUCUCGUUGUAGGAAAUGUCACCAUGCCCUAUUGUCCAUUCAGCAGUUCUUUCCAGUAUAUAAUCCUUGGUGUGGCUACUGCCUAUUCCUCACACUGAGCAUGUAAAUAUUUGUAUUUCUUAGUCCAGUCCUGAGCAAACCCAGGGAGCAAACAGCCAGAGAGAGCCCUGUGACAUCGACCAUGGCAGGAGCCAGUGUUGCUUUGCUUGACACCCAGGACAUGCAUCUAGUGCCAGCUUUGCCUGGCUAAGUGCCACCAAGGCAGUGGUCCAUGCACCUUCCUGGUGCACCCUUCAUUCAUGUGCAGCAACUUAAUGAUGGGUUGAUGAAGACCUAUAAGUGUUUAUCUCCUUUUUUUUCCCCUCUCCUCUCCCCAUACCAGGUAAAUCUCUCCAGUUUUAUCCCAAAUUUUCAGGAAGCAAGCAAAGGAUAACCUUUGUCUUUCAAGAGAAACCAUCCAAACUUUUUUUGAGUGUGAUUUGCACUUCAGGGAUCUUUAAAACUUCUCUUUGCUUGUGUCUGUCCUUGAGCUGACAGGGUAAUUUUAUUUUUCUCACUGAAACUUGCAGAAUCUCACUUACCCAUCUCUCUUUGGAUGCAGUUUAGUGCUGAUUGCCAUAAUCCUAGGAGUGCAUUGUGCCUGCAAAACCAUCACUGGCUUGAGCCUACCAACAGUUGCAUGUACCUUUGGUCACAAGAGUUAUCUCAAAAGAAAAAAUGGUCUUACAGCAAAGAGGAGGAGGGAUGCCCAUAGGCUCUGCGUGGGUGCCCUUUGGGCUGCCACGUGGGCACAACCUGCACAUUUUGAACAAGAUCUUGUUCUUGCUGCUCAACAAUUCCCCCAGGCAAACACUUGGGUUCCUAGAGAAUCUGACCUUGACUGAGGAAACUGGGGGCAACACCAUUAGUUAAAGUUGAUAACAUUGAAAACUGCUAAUUGAUUUAACAGCCUGUGAUCACAGUGGCUUUGCCCUGCACAGUUUUCAAGCAGACCACACAAUCAGCUUCAGCUCCUGUGUGCAGGGCACCUUCUGCUAUGUUUGUGGCACUGAGUUUGCAGCUGCUGGAGGCCUGCAGGCAGCUCCUGCCCUGCCCAGCUUGGGUACAGAGCCAAAGGGAGCGAGGCUGGGCACUGUGGCUGGGUUGGCAGCCGUGAGUGCAGGUCAGAAGAGCUGACACACACAUGUGCACACCCCUCUGGAUCACAGCUCCCUGGUGUCACAGGGAUGCCAGCCACUAGAACAGGUUCUGACCCUGCUAUCCAGAGGUCUUUUCCAACAUGAACUGUUCUACAGUUCUGUGAUUCCAUCUGCUGGAUUCAGCUAGGUCCAUGUUAGCAACUUGAGUUUGAUCAAAAAGUUUCCUCUUGGUCAGCUCUUGUGGCCUAAGGCUCCUUUAGCUCCUUGUGCUGAGCUGUUCAUGCUGAACGAGACAACUCAGAGAGAAGAAUACAGUUCAUCCGGUUUCUUCUAGAACACUGAGAGGGUGAGUGUGUGAAAACAUGAAUAUUGUUUUUGUGUAACCUUCUCUCUGCCCUUCAUGUCAGGGGUUUGAAACAGGAAAAAGCUUUCCUAAAGAGGGAAAUGAAGCAGCAUGUUACAUCUCCCAGGUCUUGCUCUUUCCAGUCUCUGCACUUGACUAAUUUUGUCCUUCUUUCUGUGCCCUUUGCUCCCCCUGUGCUCAAUGGCUGCUACCCAAGACUGUGUAACAGCACAGAUCAAGUGGUUGAGACCCUCCUUUCUCUGCCCUUGGAGCUGCCUGCUCACAGCAGCCUUUUCCACCUGGAAACUGGAUAUGGGGAGGGAACCCCCACCUCUGUUCCUUGCACAACCCCAGGAGCCAGGGCUGCCAUCUCAAUUCAGUGCACUGGGGGCUCCCAGCUGCCUCAGGCUGCUGUGACACCCCUGCAGACGGGAGGGAGCAGUGGCAGGAGGUUGUUUUGAAAGGUCCAUUUGCUGCUGCACGCUGUGUGUGUCCAGCCCUGCCCCAGGCUUAGGGAUCAAAUGCCAGCACUGCUGCUGCUCCCUCUGGAGUCAGUGAGAGUUUGGUUGUUGCUCUCACUGACAGCUGAACCGGUGGUUGCUGCAGCAGGUGCUGACAGUGCCCCUGGGCUGGAGGGGUCCCUGGGCUGCCUGGGUGGGAAGGAGCUGCCCCUUGUUCUCCCUCUGCCUCACACAAAAGGUGUGUGUGCUGGUCCCACGUGGCUCAGCACAGCAAACAGGCAGCCUGUGAGUCUCUUCCAUCCUUGUCUCUUGAGAUGUUUGGCCUUUGAGCUUAGCUGUACAAAGGCAGCUGCUUCUGGCCCCUCUGUAUCCCCGUGUUAAUCAGUGCUGCCAAAUCCAUCUGCAGCACAGCAAGGGGAAAAGCCUCGGCCCUGCAGGGCAGGAGCUGCCAGCUCUGCCCAGCACUUGGGAGCUGCUCCACACGGGAACCAGCAGCAAAGGGCUGAGCACCUCCUUGGGCACAGCCCAAAUUCUGUGAGGGAAUGACAGAGUUAUUCACGUGCAUUAAUGCAUCAGCACUGCAGGAGCUGUGCCUGCAAACACAGGGUUUGAGAUGUGCAAAAGAAUUCUGCAACUCUUGACUGGAUCAGGAUGUCACCAGUGCUGAACUCCAGUUUAGUCCAAAGCAACCAGUUUACACCUGUGCUGGUGUGUGCUAGAUUUUUUUCUUCAGGGUAUCCAGACAAAAGUAAACAGAGGAGGAGCCUACAUUUUCAUUGUUUAUCAGAAAUGUAUCUCAUUUUGCUGUACAUUCCUUUUUUAGGAUGUGUUAUCUGUUUUAAAAAAAGAAAAAAGAAAAGAAAAAAACAGAAAAAAUAUGAAAGAGAAAAAAACAAAUGUGUAGUGAAAAAUCUUCUGUAACUUUGGAUUAAGAGGUAACUGAUCUUUUUAAAAAGAGAACUAAGUUAUUUACUUUGUAAAUGUGCUGAUGGCAUGGAUCCAUCUUAUUGACCUCAGCAUCCUUUUUUUAAAGAUUUUGGGUUUUGUUUCCAAUAUUAAGUUAUUUUAAAUUGUGGUUGAAGCAAUAGGAAAUUGAAAUAUGGAUUGUGCAUGACUGUGUCUUGAGUGUAAAAAUAUUGCAGUUUGAAACUUGGACCUAAAGUAUUGCAAAUAAAAGUUAUAAAUUCCAAUG